CAAUCGUUAGGUAAUCACCGUUGCCAACGAUACCAGUGUUACCAAAGCGAAAUCCACCUACCCUAAAAUACAAAAGAAAUUAUAGUAUCUUAUCGCAAGACUAAAUAUCAAUGAAUAAUAAUAAUAGUGUAAAUAAGAUAAUAAAUCCUACAACCCACGGAUAUAACGUGAAAUAAAAGGACGCAGGACCCCAUAGCACUAUACACUACGGGCUCGUCUCCACACCUUGUCAGGAGAGCAUCGGGGAAUGUUGUUGAGGUGCCUUGCAAAUUGCAGGAAAAUGGCUCUUCUAGGGGAAAAUGUUGCAAGUGGUGCGAUUGCAAACGGUGUGAAGAACAUGUCUAUCGAUAUUGGAGGGAUGCGGAAACCUUAUAAAGGGAAGAAUGAAGCAUUUAUGGAAGAUGACUUAGUGGCCAAGGAACCUAUUGCACAGUUCAAGGCAUGGUUUGAAGAAGCAUGCAAUACACCAGGCAUUAUUGAAGCCAAUGCCAUGUGUAUUGCAACUGCUACAAAAGAAGGGAAACCAUCUGCUCGAAUGGUACUGCUGAAAGGCUAUGGGAAAGACGGAUUCAGGUUUUUCACCAAUUAUGGAAGCAGAAAGGGACAGGAGUUGAUAGAGAAUCCUUUUGCAAGUCUUGUAUUCUAUUGGUCAUACAAUGGUGAAGAUAGAUCUUGGUCAAGACAGGUUCGUGUUGAAGGAAACGUAGAACGUAUCAGUGAAAAGGAGUCGACAGAUUACUUCCAUUCCCGCCCUCGCAGUAGUCAGAUUGGAGCAUGCCUUAGCCCACAAAGUCAGGUCAUCGAAGGUCGCCACGUGCUGACGGAUAAAGAAAAGCAACUUCAAGACGAAUACAAAGAUGAAGAGAAAUCCAUUCCAAAACCAGAAAUAUGGGGUGGCUUUCGUGUGAUACCAGAAGUAAUUGAAUUUUGGCAAGGACAAACGACCCGCAUUCAUGACAGGAUCCGCUUCAGAAAAGCCAAAGCCGACGAAACCAUAGAUAAAGGCUUAACUCAUGAAGGAGAAGAUGGCUGGGUUUAUGAGAGACUGGCCCCAUAGAAACAUGAAAGACAGCAGAUGAAAGAGGCAUGAUCUCUCUCUCAGGCCAUAACUGUACUCCAUGAAAGAUAAAAUCGGUCACAGUGUACAAGAGGAUGCCAAAAAUCAGAGAUUUAUUUCAUAUGUAUUGUUGGUUCCAUUGUUGAUUUCAUUUAUGGGUUGAUUUGUUAUUUGUUGGUUAUUGUAAAAAGUGUGAAUAAAUGUGCUUUCUUUAUUCAGAACUUGAAAACUUGCAUAUCCAUCUAUUACACAUUUACACACCCAUGCUUAUAUGUAGACAGAUGUGAACACAGGUGCAUUUAUUGUUUAAAUAAAUAUGUAUUCCAGUCAAUACAUGAGGGUAUGCAUAUCCAAAGGUAUUUUUUUCUUCAUUAUCCCACAUCAAGGGAGGCACCAUCUGUCACAAAAAUAGGAAGGCAUGCGAGUCCAAAGGUGUUCACAGAUCAAUUGCCCGUUUAUUAGAUGUUUAGUUAAAAUUGCAUUGACAUGUUCACAUUAAUGUACUAUGAUCUCAUGACUAAUGCAUUGAUGUUGAAUAUAUUGACUUUGAUGUUAUAGAUGAAAGUUAGAAUGAACAAUAUAUUUAAUAAACACCUAUAACACCUUUGGCUCUGUAUGUCUUCAUAUUCUUAUGACAGUCAAUGGCUGGUGUCUUCAUUUUGAUGAGGGCUAAUGAAGAAAAAAAAGAGUAAGAAAAAGGAAAGAGUUAAAAAAAAAUGUAGGAGUUAGACAAGAGUAAAUGUGCGAGUGAAUAUUUUUAUUUCAUUUGACUUGUAUACAGUGUAUUUAGUCUAGUGGUAACCCAUACCAAUGUCUGGUAAGUCUUCCAUUAGGAUAUAAGGAUUAUACAACAGGGAAACUGUCAUGGGCAGUAAUAAAAGGACAUGCAAAAUUCUCCUCA